AUGAAGGAUUGCACGCGGAUUUGCUUGCUAGUUGCCUCUUUGUGUAUCGCACUGGCAGCAAAGAAGGAGCUCAAGGAGGGAUCAGUGCUUGAUUCCGAGCAGGAACAGGCUUUGCCGGAUCUCUCAGAUGCCAAUUCCUUGAGGGAGCUCAAGUGUGGAAUUUGCCAAGGAAUCGUGAUGGACAUGGCAUAUGCAAUCAACAGAGAUGAAACAAAUCUAAAAAGAAAGCUUCGGGAAGUUGAGAUUGUCGAGAUACUUGAAAAUGUUUGCAGCCAUAACAUGAAUGAGUAUGGUCUUGUUCUCGAUGAGAAUUCGAAUCCUACCAAGAAAUGGUCGCGUGGCUCGCAAACUCUGCGCGCCAAGGGAGGAUGGGUUACAAGAAUUGCAGUGAAUGCAUGCUCGGACAUUUACAACGAGUACGAAGAAUAUCUGGUCGAUCGUGCACCAAAGUCUUGCUACAUCGAUCAAGAAAAGCAAACGAAGACCUGCGAGUAUGUCAAUUAUUUGAUGAUAGGUGUUAUCAUGCUGACUUUUGAAACCAGCACCGGCCCGAUCGUCUACGAUAUCUGUGUACAGGGAUUCAACUGGUGUGCCGUUCCCCAGUCCGAUGAGAACAAAACCGCAACGACUGAAACUACAAAACCCGUGGAUGAAGGAUCCAAAAAUGAGCUAUGAGAAGCUGCAGCUUGGCAUAUGACUUUUCAGUUUUUAUCAUGUUACUGUCUGUACUCGCUAUUAAAUGAGAUGUUAGGAU